GCUAUCAAAUACGUGUUUUUCUCGCUACUGCUGCGAUCGGGAGCGUUUCUCAGCUGGAGCUUCCUCUAUGCCGUGCUGUCAAAACUGUACGCCGCACCUCCCGUGAUUCGAGAAGACAACGCGUCGUACUCGCUACUUCGGAAGGCCAAAAGACCGUGCAGAGACGAUGCAUCGGUGGUCGUGACGCUGUUCGUAUGUGUUCUUCGUGCGAGUUUGCCGGCCGCUGUGUGAAUGGAUCGAGCGGUGGUGCGUGUGGCCGACGGAGCGUCGCACCAUCACGAAACGCCGCCCGAUGACUCGAGUUUGAGCACAUCUUCGAACGAAAGUGCUGGAGCAAAACGUAAUCCCCCCGCCAAGCCACCCAGACGACGGCACUCGGUCACAUCAUUGAAAGACACGGAGUCGUACAGCAGCCUGUGUCGACCCUCGCCAAGCAGCACCUCUGCACGCCAGGGGCGUCGGGGCGAUAGCGAAUCCUGGGCUGACCAUGGCCAGUGGAUCCUCGAUCCGCCGCCAAACUUUGGCGGUGGUGCUCCCCCUUGCUUCUCGCUGAGCUAUGGGGGUGCUCGGAGCGGAUGUGGUGGGAGUAGCACGCCAACGUCUGACAGCCGAAAUGACUUUCGCUCCCUGCCGCUCAGCGUUGCACAGGAGCGCAAGCUGUGUCAUUCAACGCCCAUCCAACCAGUGGGAACGUCAACGCGCAUCGGUCUGCACGCCAGACCAUCACAUCUCCCGACCAGCACAACGCCUGUGCAUUAUGCCAAUUUCCCGCCGAGCCCUGUUGCAAGCUCCGAGCGGGACAUCCCUGAUGUUGUAUCCCGACCCAUCCUAGUGGCUGCCUCAGUGGCUACUUCCGGCUCCCUAAGUACCUCCAGCUGCCGCCGAGGAUGCAGUGAAGGCGACAGGUCGGCGGCAGUUGCGGCCGGUGCCAAUGGUGGUUGCGCGCCGGCCUGGCUCUCAGCAUCUCCUGGCAGCCCACGCCGCAUCUUCGGUGCCAUCCAGGCUAGUCUUCGGAAUUCAACUUUGAAUGGUCGAUUCACGCUCACAUCCAAUGGUUGCAACAUUCCUGUGAGGCCGCCUGGAAUCACGGCCAUGUCUGUGCCGACACGGCGCAGCUGCUCCUUCACCUUAUCGGUAAGGUCAAGCGUGGUCGGUAGCAAGCAAGACCCUUCUGCAACAUUGCGUGCACGAACAGUGAUACCCGAAGAAAUGAAAGCACUGCAGGAAAUUAAUGCCAAGCUAUGGAACCAGGUGCAGCACCUUCAAUCGCAGCUGGAACUGCUUAGAAGGAUUAAGUCGCCGGAUAAGACUCCCUCCACCUCUCUGAACGGUGUCAGCUUCGCUGAACUGUUGGCCGACGUGUACUAUGCACAGCGAGAACGGGAUGACUCCAUCAGCGAGCGCCUGGCAAGUGCCAAUCAAAGCCUGGACCUGUACCAAAAAGAACUGCAGAAGCUAGCAGAAGCAAGGAGUGAUGCAUCAGAUGGCUCAAGUGAUGAGGAGAACUGCGACAAUUUGGUGCUGAGUGGUCUCGACAAGAUUCUGCAGGGCCUGGAGAGCAGUUGGGCACCAGCACGGGUGGCGCGGCACCAGGAGACCCUGCUGGCAACCGUGCAGCGUUUGCGCGACCACCGAGGCAAGAGGGCACGGCAUCGACUGCGGGCUAUUCAGGCUGAACGAGAUGUCGCGCUUGAAAAGUGCAAAGUUCUCGAGAAGGAAGUUCAGGAGCUGCACAUGAAAGCCAUCUGGAAGAGUGAGAACUGGGGAUGCUCGAGCAAUGAUGCUGUGCAGCAGGCGACCAACGAGAGAAACGCUGCGCUCGGCCGACUUCACGAGCUCCAAGAGAGCCUCACUGCACAAGGAAACAACGGCGAUCGAGGCACCGCUGAUGGAGUGAAGAUAUCAACAGAAGCGCAAACAGACUUUAUUGGGGUUCAAGACGGCAUCGAUCUGGCUGCAAGCUCAUGCUUGCAGGAGCUCAAAGAGGAAGUCAGCCGGAUCAGCCAACGUCUCGACGAAGAGGCUGCGUCACGGCAAAAUGCCGAGAUGAAAUGUCAGAGGUUGGAAGAACUGGUGAACGGCUUCCAAAAACGCCUCAUUGGGCUGAACAACAGCUUCUGACGACGUUGAAUCAUGUGACUGAUGGUGCUUUCUACCGUUGCAGCAUUCACCCCUUGAAAGACAGCUCUGUAGGCACUGGGGAAAGGUCAACAUUCCAAGCAAAUUGUUCUUUCUUUUUGUUUCCUGGUACACAGCUAGCCUGUGUUUCCACAGAUUUUAUUUGUAACAGAUACUCUAAAGUGUAGUGGUUGUUGCAUAGAGGUUAUUAAAAGUAAAGCAGAGUGCAUUAUUUUUCUUUUUUGAAACUCUGUUGGUUAGCAUUCUCCAGUGUACUGUAUUUGUUAAAUGUACAAUCAGAAGUUACAGACAUUCUGCACUUAUUUUGCUGAUUAUUCACUGCCAAAAUGUUCUCACUAUCUUCAGGUGCCUUGCACACUUAGAGCAAUACAUAUGUACUGUAACUAUAGAAGCCUACUCUCCUCUCCAAUUAACACCGAUAUUGUUUAAGGGGAACAAGUCUCUAUGAGACAUUAUUGUAAAGCUGGAAUGUAUGAAGAGGAAAGGGAAAUGGUGGGAGGAAAAGAUUCCUGUGGUAAUUCAGCUUGAGUAAAGCGAUGCUUGCCUGUGAGGCCUGCUCCUUGAAUUUGCUUUGAGCUGUUGCAGUCUACAGAUUUCUUGCUCAUUACGAUAUUCUUUAUUGGACAGAAGUGCUGUAAAACAGGAAUUGGUAUUGGAAAGAUGAUUGGCUGAGUUCUUCGAAGUUUUGCAAUUGGUAUGUUCACUGGACUAAAAAAUAAUUAUUGCUACCGGCUGGCCCGCAUUGCCUAGAAGUGUUGGCCAAAAGAGACAGCAUUGUUUCAUUGUCCUUCAUAGCUUGCUAGACCUAACCUCCUAUGCUGAGAAUCCAGAUACAUGAAACAGUUCAUUAUGUAACAUGAAAGAAAAAUUCCUUGCAGGUUGCUGAUCAAAUAGGCCUCUUGUUAGGCUUAGCUAAGCCUAACUUAUUGUAUUGACUGGUUUACUCUGCCCAUAAAAUGGAUGACUCGUCAGCUGGUGCCUAUUGGGCCUAUAGCAUAGAAUUUAGUUUAAACCAGCACCUAAAUUUAGUUAGCACAAAGAGUUAGUUUGACCCAAUAAUGUAACUCAUUGGUUACGUCAGGUAUUGUUGCACAUAAAUCUUGUGCUUGCUGUGGAGCGGAGAGGGGUUGUUUGCAACACUCUUCCUGAACUGAUUCCUCAUAAGUCAGUCAGUGUCAGUUGUGUGUUGUGACACAAAAAGAGUUCGACUGGAAUGCCUUUUCUUGGCAAGUGCAUUUAAUCUCUGCACAUUGUCUGCACAUUGUGUGCACUUCUUGAGAGGAACGGUAGUGUGCAAAUUUUGCACAUUUCAACUGAACACCGAGUGCAGAGCAGCCUCAACUAAAUUCAGGAAGCACAGUGAAGUUGGACAGACACAGCAACAGUGUUUACAUGUUCUGCAGCUCUCUGACAAGUGAUGGGCCAGUUGCAUGCACUAAUGUGUAGUAUGCUUAUUAUAUUAUUGUAUGGAAACAGCCCUUGAGAAAACUCGCUGCAAAUUGUAAGUGAAAAUGCAUGGAACAAUGUAAGCAUUUGACGAAGUGAAGAAAGUCCUCCAUAAACUCGAGUGUAGAACAAACAUGUGUUAAUGUCCAUGGAAUGAGUAAAAAGCAGUUAUGUUACAGGACGCAUGAGUCUAGCACUUCUGUCCAUCUUGUGGUGGAACUCUCUUCGCUUCAUUACAGGUUUUCUUACAUGUUUCAGCUGUUCACUUCUACAGGACUAAUGUUUCUUGCUUAUUAUUAUAUUACACUUAAACCUCGCUAUAACAAAGUUGAAUGGAAGGCACAAUUAUUUCGUUAUAUCCAUUAUUUCCUUAUAUCAGUUAUAACAGUUUGUGGCAAUGUAUGCUCAGAUGGGCGCUCACCUAUAAGCAUGCAAAGAAGGGAACCGCCUCGCAGCCCGAUGUACCGCUACACAACCAUGCGUGCGACGAAAAAUAAACACAGUUGAAUCUCAUUAAU